AUGUCUUUGACCCUUCCUCUCCUCCUCGUCGUCGUCGCCGUAGCGAUCGCGUACUGUGGCUGGAUCGUCGUCCGCCACCGUGUGAAGAGCUCCCCUCUUGACAUCUUGCCUGGUCCACAACCCGUGUCCUUUUUCUUUGGAGCUAUCCCGAUCUUCCUCAAGCGGCAGGGCUGGCGCCGAUGGGCAGAGCACGCAGACGCCCACGGCCGCGCGUGGCUCGUCAGAGGUUUCCUCCAUAAACACAUCCUCAUCACCCACGAUGCUAAAGCCCUCCACACUAUCAUGGUCAAAGAUCAGCACAUUUGGCAAAAGAACAUGGCGCCGUCAAACAACUUCACACUCCUCCUAGGACCAGGGUUACUCUCCACGGGUGCAGAGCAACACAAGCGGCAACGGAAGCUUCUCAACCCGGUCUUCUCCGCAGCCCACCUGCGCGAAAUGACGCACAUCUUCUACGAUGUCGCGCACAGAAUGCACAGCGCAAUGGCGAAACAUGUCCUAGACUCAGGGGCCCCGCAAGAGAUGGAUGUGAACGGCUGGAUGGGCCGCACCACGCUCGAGAUGCUCGGUCAGGCCGGGCUCGGGUAUUCUUUCGAUGAUUUCACGGGCGACAAGACGGACACCUAUGGCGAAUCGCUCAAACUAUUUUUCCCCGCUCUCUCCCGCACACGCUUCUACAACCUAGUAGCCGGGCGGCUGUCGUGGGUUCUUCCGGAUAGCGCCAUACGCUCCAUGGCGCGACUCGCCCCGUGGCAGAGGGUGCGCAGGGUGGUAAACAUAGCGGACACGAUAGCACUCCGAUCCCGUGAGAUCGUGGCGGAGAAGAAGGCAGCGCUCGCGCGGGGUGACGCCGCGCUCAAACACGAGGUCGGCGAGGGCAAGGACAUCAUGAGCAUCUGCCUCAGGGCCAACAUGGCUGCUGCGGACAGCGAGAAGAUGACGGACGAGGAGCUAAUAGCACAAAUGUCCACGUUCAUCCUCGCCGGAAUGGACACCACCUCGAACGCGCUCUCCCGCAUCCUCUGGCUCCUCGCGAUGAAUCCAGACGUCCAGGAGAAGCUACUGUCAACGGAAGACUCAUGA